CACAGCAGACCACGGAUUCUCCAGCGGAGUGAGGGGGAGAGCACUGGGAAAAAAGGCUUGUUAGCUAGAUAGCUGGAUAAUUAGGUAGCUUUGCACAGUCCCUUAAUUUACAACUCAAAGCUUUUGCCCUCGCUCCAUUCCCUUUGAAGCAAGUAGACGUAGCUCCAUAUUCAGCGAGGUUAACUGAAAUUGAACAAUGGAUAUCUAUGACCCCCAGACCCUUGGGAUAAUGGUGUUUGGUGGAUUCAUGGUGAUCUCUGCUGUCGGGAUUGCUCUUGUGUCCACCUUCUCCAUGAAGGAGACCUCUUAUGAGGAGGCCCUGGCUAAACAACGCAGAGAGCUGAGUAAGACACAGUCUGCUCGCUCAGAGAAAAAGAAAAAAGACAAAGUAUCUGAGAAGAAGACCCGUGGAAAGAAGAAGGAAGAAAAGCCCAAUGGAAAGAUCCCAGAGCCUGAAAGAUUUCAAGAGGAAGCUGAAGCUGAAACAGUCAUCGAGUCUGCUGCUGCCCCAGUUGUAGCUGCUGCUCCUGCUCCUGCCCCCGAGUCUGUCCCUGCUUUGGAGGUCGAACCAGUUGCAGCUCCAGCACCAGCAGACACCCAACCCAAGACUACCGCUGAACCAAGCCUGCCUCUUACCGAGUCUUCACCUGCACCCUCACCUAAAGAGAAAAAAAAGAAGAAGGUGGCUAAGGUUGAGCCGGCCUCUACCCAGUCAGCUCCCCUCGUGGCUGCCCCUGCACCACUCAAGACCUCAGCAGUCCCUCAGUCAACCCAGGCCCCUGUGCCUGCCCCAGCUAAAGCAACCUCUGCAUCUGCCCCAGCCAAGACUGCCCCUUCAUCAGCCAAGACUGCCCCUGCCCCAGCCAAGACUGCCCCUGCCCCAGCCAAGUCUACCCCUGCCCCAGCCAAGACUGCCCCUGCCCCUGCCCCAGCCAAGACUGCCCCUGCCCCAACCAAGUCUGCCCCUGCCCCUGCCCCAGCCAAGUCUGCCCCUGCCCCAACCAAGUCUGCCCCAACCAAGUCUGCUACAGCCCUGACAAAGUCUCCACCAGCUCCAUCCAAGACUGCCCCAGUGCUGGAGGCUGUCACUAAAGAUGUCCCAGUGAUGGCAGUACCCCCAGUGGGAUCUCAGGCGCCCACUGUUGCUGGUAAAGCACAGGAGCCCAAGAAGAAGGCCUCCAAGAAAAAGACUGAGCCUGUGGCAGCGAUGGAUUCUGCUGAUGCUCCACUGUACCUGCCCUACAAGGCUCUGGUGUCCACCAUUAGUAGCAUGGUGUUCAGUGAGGGAGAGGCUCAUAGGCUCAUCGAGAUCCUGUCUGAGAAAGUCGGCAUCAUUCAGGACACAUGGCACAUGGCCACUCAGAAAGGAGACCCAGUGGCUAUAUUGAAGAAACAACUGGAGGAGAGGGAGAAACAGCUGGCAGCAGAGCAAGAGGAUGCUUCUGCAGCAAAGAACCGUCUCAGAGAACUCACCAAGGAGCUGUCCACUGAGAAAUCCAAGGUGGCCAAUGUGGAGACGAGGCUGAGUUCCCAACUGAGUAAGAGGGAGCAAGAAAUGAUUGCUCUGCAAGCUCGCAUGCAGGCCAGUUACCAGGACCAUGUAGCCCAGACCCAGGGGCUCAAUGCAAAGAUCCUCAGCCUGCAGGACCAGCUGGAAAAAGGCCCCAAUGCCCAGUUGGCCCGUCUACAGCAGGAGAACUCUAUUCUCCGUGACGCCCUCAACCAAGCCACUAGCCAGGCUGAGAGCAAACAAAAUGCGGAGCUGGCCAAGCUGCGUCAGGAAUGCACAAAGUUAACCAAGGAACUUGGAGAGAAGACAGACAGUCUGCUUGCUGAUGAGCACAUCAGGAAAGGACUGGAGGCUAAGGUCUCCACUACUGAGAAGCAGCUCACCUUGCUGCAGGCCAGCCAUUCAGAAAGCGAGCAGGUGUUACAGAGGAGACUGGAGGAGGUGUGCGAAGAGCUCAGAACAACACAGAGUAGAAACAGCAGCCUGCAGGCCUCUUUGGACAAGACCCAGCAGGACAGCAGCACACUGUCAGAGUUUCAGGUGUGUAUUGGGAGAUUGGAGGCGGAGCUCAGGGAGCGCUCUGCUCAGGUGGAUGCCCUCACUGCCCAGUUGGAGGAGACCCAGGCAGAGAAAAAACAACUUGUAGAGCAGGUAGCCUCCAUCAACUCACUGCUGGAGGCCAGUCAGACCAAAAAGGAGGAGGAUAACAAACAGCAGGGGAAUGCUGCAGAACUGGAACAGCUAAAGCUCAGCCUUCAGGAGAGAGACAACCAGCUGAGCACACUUCAUGAUGAGGUGAAGCAACUGCAGAUGAAGCAGGAAGCUGCUGAGAGCACUAUUGUUGAGCUACAGCAAAGAAAUAAGAGUGAGGAUGCCAGUCUUAUCACAUCACUUCAGGAUGAACUUAAAAACCUCAAGGAAGGCAUGGUGCAACUUAACAACACACCAUCGUCAGAUAGCUCUGCAGAGCUGGAACUACUACAGAACAGUCUGACUGAGAAGGAAGCCCUUAUCACAUCACUACAAGAGGAGCUGAGAGAAGUGAGAGAAAAGACCACUGAUGCAAACGUUGUGGCAGAGCUGACAGCCUUUCAAACUGAAACCAAAGAAACUCUCCAGACACUCUUUCCACAGAUACCUGUAGAGACAGAGCAGUCCAACUGGUUACAAGUGUUUGCGCAGAAAGCUCAGGAGGCUCUCAGCCAGCAGAGCCAGGAGUCUCAGUCGAGCACAGCGUUGCCUGAGUUGCUCGAGAAACUGAAGGAGGCUGAGGAGAGCCAUGGCUCUCUGCAGGCUGAAUGUGAACAGUACAGGACAGUCUUGGCUGAAACAGAAGGAAUGCUGAAACAUUUGCAGAAGAGUGUGGAGGAAGAAGAGCUGGUAUGGAAGUCCAAGAUGGCUAACUCAGAGGAACAGCUGAGGCUGGCUUUGGAGAAGGCCAGCAAACUGGAGGCGGAAAACCAAAGUGUAGAGCAGUUGAAGGAGCAGAUGAUGCUCCUGGAAGCCCAGCUGGAGAAGCAGUCUGACAACCAGGGGGCCUCAGAGGAGAUGGAGCAGCUGAAACUGCAGCUGUCAGAGUGUCAGAGCCAGCUGGAUUUGGCCCAGAAGGAGGCCCAGGCACACAAGGAAGAGCUUGCACAGGUCAGAGAGCAGCUGGGCGAGGUUACGAUGCAGGCUCAACAAGAACAGAAUGGCCUCGCUGAUGCUCAACCCCGUCAGGUCCAGAACGAGUUGAGUCAGACGACCGAGAAGCUGCACAGGGAGGAGGCUCAAACGCAGCAGCUUUCCGAAGAGUUUGAGCAGGCCCAGAAGACUAUAACAGAACUUCAGGCUCAGCUGGAUCUCCUGAAGGUUUCUGCAGAGUCGCCACAAACUGACACAGAAGAUGUUGCUCAGCUCAAGGAGCGCCUGGAGAAGGAGAAGAAGCUGUCCAAAGACCUGGGCCAGGCAGCCACCAAGCUCCAGCAGCUUCUCAAAGCCACUCAGGAGCAGCUGACCAAAGAGAGAGACACGGUGAGAACACUACAGGAGCACCUGGAAGGCAAGGGAGAAUACGUGGAGCUGAAGGAAGGAACGUCCGUCUGAGAGGAAGCUCCCUGCAGACACUACAGAAAACUGCCAAAUAUGCCUUAUGAUUACCAUAGUUAUGCAUUCCAAAACUAUUUCUUUCUUGUACUGUAGUUGAUUGCAUUUGUUGCAAGUGUAGGAAUCAAAUGUUUGAUAUUAUGAACAUUUCAAAGCAAGAUUAGAGGAGAGAAUCCUGCUACAAUCUUAACUGAAACCCACAUUCCAUCAACAAUUCUGGCUAUGUCAGAAGUUAUUUAUCCCCCUGCCUUAUAUUCCAAACUUUUCCCCAUAGUUCAGUGUUAAAAAGGGAAACCGAUUGUACGUCAAACGUACAUCAACCUGUGCAAUUACUUUGUAUGUCUUUUCUAUGUGGUUGAAUGAUGGGAGCAUUUUAUGGUUCAGUGUUUCAUUACCUUUUGGGCCUGCUUUCCUCUGUAGCUGGCUGUCAAUAACACAAAUUUGUAUGAAUGAAUAAACUACAGUGUAGCUCUA